AUGUUGCAGUAUCCGGCGUUCAUGCGGCAGUACCCGUCGCCGCCUUUGAUUCCGUCGUCGGUUCUCCUCCCCCUGUGGUCGAGCGCCCAGAAUGACGAGAUCCUCCUGGCGAUGGAGGAAUCCGAGCUGGAAGACAAGGUGGGACCCCGUUUCUCUUCGUUCUCAUGUGUUCUUGUUAUUGGUGAUGUUUGAGGAGCCUCAGGUUGGUUGCUUGGUUCUCCUGUGUGCAGUUUAUCACUGCUGCUUCGUAUUUUUUUCCUUGUCCAGUAUGUCUUUGUGAGCGAGUGAUUGAGUUUGUGGCUUCGAGAAUGUUGCGAUCUCCUGAAAAGUAGCUUCCAGUUUCAUUAUCUUAUAAAAUGUUUGGAUUCCUUUCUGCCGACCUUCAGCCAUGUCUUCCGUUGAUAUAAAACGUUACAUCUGAUUUCUGUAUAUUUGUCCAUUUGGUUCCUUCAACGUCUUUUCUGGAAGGCGCACUUUUAGCGCCGCAGAGAGCGACUAGGCUGAUCCUUUUAGUCUUUCCUAGAAGUGCAAGAAUAAACCUGCUGGCCAGUUGGAAUUAUGGAUCAUGGAGAUAUCAAAAGUCUUGUUGCCAUCAUCAAGACCAUCGUCAUCUACAUGGAACACUACGCAAUCAGCCUUGAGUUUUGUUAUGGUUCAAUGAGUUACAAGAGGAGUAUGCUAUACUUUGAUUUUCAGGGAAGAUAAAGGAUAUCGUGGUGAAUGAGUAAAUUUUCAUGAUAUUGCUACCCGAAGAAGGAAGUGAAUUUUUUUUUCAAAGCCUCUUUUGGAAUGAAACUGAUUUAUGUGAAUACGGAGUAAACCUUGUGCAUUAAGACUUUCUUCAACAUUAGAACACAGAUUAAGUGUCUUUUAAAUUAUGCUAUCUUUUAUUUGAGAUUUUGCUAGUUACUUUGCAUGGUAUCAAACUGACGUUGGCGAAAAUGAAAUGAACCUUGUCACAUAGAUUUAUUUUACUUGGAAAUGCAUAUUUAAUGUUACAUCUUUCCUUUAUGAUUCUAAAAGUUGACUUCAUGGCUUCUGUUGUCUCCAUGGGGGGAGCUUUGUCUUCUCUCUCGCUUCGAAACACAUUGCCCUCAUGUUUGUGGCUUUCCACGGUUGGUAUUCUUUUGAAUUUCACCUUUAAUUCCUCGUUAUUAUCAAGAAUGCGUUUUUCUUUCCAUGACCGUAUCCUGUUCGUCGACUGAGGAAUGGAGUGGACGUUGUCAUAUAUCUUUCUUUUACUUGGAAACACAGAUUUAAUGUUACAUCUUUCCGUUAUGAUCCUAAAAACUGGUUGCAUGGCUUCUGUUCUCUUCCUGGGGGGCGCUUGGUCCUAUCUCUUACUUCAAAACCCGUUGCUCUCGUAUUUGUGGCUUUUCACUGUUGAUAUUCUUUUGAACUUCGUCUUCAAUUCCACGUUAUUAUCAGGAAUGUAUUGUUUUUUUUUCCAUGACCGUAUCUUGUUUGUUUGCAGAGGAAUACAUUUUUAUGAAGAAAAAAGGAAAUAAACAAAUCCUUUAGGUGCUAUUUUUUAGUAUCACAUCUUUUUUAUCAUGAGUAUCACAUGAGACCUACCUAUUAAAAUAAUAAAACCUGCAAGCUCUGUGAUAGAAAUCCGAAUAAGGAAUGGAAUCUGUACACCCAAUAUCUUUGUUUAGGAUAGCCACUUGGUUUUGGAGAGUGCUAGAUUGCGUGGACUAGUUUGUUGAUGUCCACUUAAUUAUUUUUUUAUGUUUUAGGUGGUGGGGAAUUUCAUCAUUAUCGUUCAAAUGUUUAAUGGGUAGGCGGGAUGUUGUUUGUAUGACAUUGAGGAGGUAUUCUGGACGAUAUCAACUAUUGUUAUCUUAUCUUGGGGUUAAGCUUUCUCGAGAAAUAUAUUUUAUAAAAUUAUGAGUACUCUAUCAAAUCUUCUAUCAGACCUUGGCUGUAAUGGUUUAAGAUACUCUGUAAAAUAUUCACACGCUGACAAUGAAAAGGAUUUGUUUAAGGACUAAGCUGGUAUCAUUUUCAAUUCAAAAGAAGAGUUGGCGAAAAAAAGAGGAUUUAUGCAACUUCAGCAGGGGUUGCCACAAGUCAAGAUGAGUGAACACUGAGGGUAUGGAAGACAUUGGGAAGGGAUACCUGAGAGAGAUUUUGCAGUAGGGUGCUUUGCUGAAGCCCUUGACGAUGAAGAACGCAUCAUGUAGUGACAAUAUUUAAUUUUUAAAAAAAACUUUGCUACUAAAGUUGACGCAUUCUUUUAGAAAACUGCUGCUAAGUGCUGGCGUUCUGAAGAUAUAACUCUGUAAACCAGAAAUAAUCAUGAGAUGCAUAUUCAGUGGAUUACAGAGAUAAGAACAGAUCAUCCCUUUGCAAAGGGUGGUAUAGCAGAAUGCCCCUGGUGAGGCUAUCUUCAGAUCUUUCGGCAUUGUUGAUCAUUGCAUUCCUUGGUAUGUGAAAUAUUUGGUGAGGGGGUGGUGUGGGGAUUGACUUCUUCAAUGUUCAUAGGAUGAGGAGGUGUAGUAAUGGCAGUGGAAGUUCGGAUAUGAUGCUGAUAGUCUGCUCUUCCAAGUGGAGACAGAAGUUGCUAGUUUGGCCGUAUCCAUUCCGGUCAUUGGCUGAUCUAAGGUGAAAGCCGAAUUUGGAUUUGAAAAGGGGGGAAAGAAAAGAGAAAAUAAAAUACAUAUAUGAAAAUAAAAUCUUUAGCAGGUGCUUUGGAGUAAAUCUCAACUUUAGCCGAAGGUUCCUUCCCCUGAUCACUUGCCAUGCUUUUUCAAACACAUUGGCGUCGUGUGGAGCUUCAAGAGGCAGCCCGUCACUGUGGUCGGUGAUAACUGGUCCCAAUUGGCAGUGCUCUAUGACCUCUGUAGCAGCAGUGUGUAUUCUCUUUUGUAUUACUCCCCUUCUUUCCUCCAUUUCCUCCCCUCCUAUUUGCUUCCCUACUUUCUUGCCUCGCUACAUCUGCCUCCUCUCUUUCUCUCUCUCUCCCCCUUCCCCUCUUCUAGUCAAUCCCCCAUCUAAUAUCGCAAGGUGAUUCCAAUAUUGCAGCUGACUCAACAUACUAAAGAAUCAGCUUUUCAGCAUUGCCUUUCUAUCUUUGGUUUGGGAGACACUUUUCUCAUGGAUAUGUGGAAGAGGCCCAAGAGAAUAUAGAGGGAAAGAUUUUAACUGGCCCGAUGUGCGGGAAUCGAAGUAUAUUUUCCUCUUCUAUGGGUGAUAAAUAAUACGAAUGAUCAAAGUUCUCACUAAGGAAUAUCAUUUAGUUUCUUGCUUUUCUCACUGUUAAGAGAUCUUUCUGUUAUAAUUUUUUUUCCCAUAACAUCAUUGUUAAGGUAUUAGGGUUUGAUUUCGGCUUUAUGUUCCUGCAGUUGAAUGAGAUCAGAAAGAGGAACAGCGACCUGGUAGUGGUGGGCAAAGCGGCCCACGACUACAAAGAGGACUUUGAUGCCGAGGCAGAGGAAGACGAUGCCGACAACAUCGAGGAAUCUGACGGAGAUGAGUUCGAGCAGGAAACAGGUUGA